GUGGAGUCGGCCACUGACCACAGGGGCCAGAGUAGUGCGGACUUCCGGCUGGAUCUUGGUCUGGGCUCGGUCAGGGGCUCCCAGAGGGUCUCAGCGAACGUCUCCCAUCAAGGCAAGCCUUUCCUUCGUCCCAAGGAGGUGGAUAUGGAGAUUCAGCAGGCCCUGGUGCUGCGUUUGGAGAACAAGGUGGAGCCCUCACAGAAUCUCAUGGAGAGUUUGAUCUUCGCGCCACUGGAGAUUUACAUGAUCCCUGGACUGGUGGCCAGCCUCCUGGGCUUUUGGCCUGGCCCACCAGAAGCCCCUGGGACAGUCGAAAGCAUUGGCUUGAAGAUCUGGGUUACCUGA